CACACACACACACACACACACAAUCUCUCUCUCCCCUCAAUCUCAUGUCUGCUUCAGCUUCACUCAAGCUGACCGCUCACCCUUCACUCCUCUUGCGUCACCACCCGGGUUUCGCCGAUGAGUUUUCCAUAGUGACUAGAAUUCCAAGGCCUUCCCGGCUCUUUUGCUUGCAAAAAUCGAAGUACUCAUCGCUCAAUCUCAACCGUUCAUCAUCACCCUCCAUUUCCACAGCCUGCUCAAUCAAUGGUGAUAGCCCUGCUUAUGGUGUAUCAGAUCCACCCAACAAUGAAGGUUCCAAGGAAGGAAAUGAAAGUAGUCAAGGAGGAUCAUUCUCAUCCAAUGUGAUAUUGAGGAAAUUAAAGAGAUAUGGAAUUUCGGGAAUAUUGUCCUAUGGGCUGUUGAAUACUGCCUACUAUCUUACAACAUUUCUCUUGGUUUGGUUUUAUGUUGCUCCUGUACCUGGAAGGAUGGGUUAUCUUGCUGCUGUUGAAAGAUUCCUCAAAGUAAUGGCCAUGGUGUGGGCCGGAAGCCAAGUUACUAAGCUUAUAAGAGCUGGCGGAGCGCUUGCCCUUGCACCUUUUGUAGACAGAGGAUUGUCAUGGUUCACUGUGAAAUUUAAGUUUGAGUCUCAGGGGAAGGCUUUCAUGGCAAUUGUUGGGUUCUGUUUUGCGCUGGCUAUCAUCCUAUUUUUGGUUGUGACAUUGCUUUGGGUCUGAAGCUAUUCCUCUUGUUUGUUCUUGCCUGGCUAAAGACAACAGAGCCUUCUCUAGUUCUCUUAAAUAUUUUCAUUUUUGUUUUUCCUUUAAAAUCACACCAUCUAUAUGUAGUUCAUGUCCCAAUUAGUUUUCUUUAUCAUUAUUUGCUGCUGUUGCAGAAUAAAUUCAACCUCUUGUUAAAUCAAAUUUUGUUGUUCAGCGUAGAUUUUGUGGCAAAAAAAGAUACCAUACAACUAUAGAUAUGAGUAUGUUGUCAUAAAUGAGUACACUACAAUGUACGAUGGUGUCCGAAAACCUCAGGAAAGUGAUUUUCCCUUGUCUUUUGAUGAUGCAUUAAAAAUGUUCUUAAAGCCUGAAGACAUUUACUA